AUGUUACUGGAAGAUCUCAUUUCCAGCAAAAGGAUUGAUGAUGCCGUCGAGUGGAAGUUGAUACAUCGGCUGCGCCAAAACAGUCAUCACAUCAGCCCGCAUGGAUGUGUUGCCGUUGACAGUGGCAGCACGCGAACGCAAGGGCUUCACAGUGAUAUCCUCUCCCUCGACAUGCAGAUCCGAAGGACCUUCACGACUUUGCGGUUGGAUAUGUUGUUGCAUUUGGGGUCGGAAAUGACAGACGCUGUGUCUCAGGCAGGCUUGGAAUCGGUGACAGACGAGGACUCUAGCCGGGACAGCUCCGGCCCAGGCUCGCAUCCAAGCGUGGAAUCCCAUCUGGGCUCUCCUCCCGAUGACCUCUUGGAUUCACGAGGCCAUGGAGCUCUUCCAUCAGCCAAGGAAGCAUUGUCUCAUCUCAGCGACCUGUGUUCUCUUCUCGAAGCGCGGGUUAACCCGGGUCUGAUCCCCGUCGAACCUGGAGAUAGCGACCAAACUCGAGGCUACCCAAGGCUGACGCGUCUGAUGGAAUACCUUCAGUCUUUAACGCAUUCUACCACAAGUCUACAGUUUAUUCCAAUACCUGGAUCUGCGCCAACGCAGUUCCUUUUCAACAUUACGGAAGACCCAGCGACGGCUGGUGCCUUCGUCUCUUUCAGUGGCCGGGAACAGAAGCGACCUCAAAGGAAAACCCGACAGCGGAUGCUUCAAGAAGUCGGACUUUUGAGCCGUCGCUUCUCUGCCUUCAACAGUUUUGUUGAUAAGCUACAGAUCCCUGGAGGGUAUCUUGACAACCUCGCUAAGCCGCCGAUUGAAUCGUCUACCUCGAAUGAGUCUUUCGCGUCGUUCGCGCUGCUCCAGAAGUUUCGCCGGCAAACGAAAGCUGCCUGUCACGCUAUAUUCUCGCAGUUUGGACUUUGCGAUCGCCGCGGGUCUACGAAGCACGAGGUCCGACUACAGUUGCCAGGAUGGGAGGACGUUUCCGACUGCCACUCCACAGACGAUAUGUCAUCCCAUUGCCUCGAACCUCAGACACCUGAGCUCGGCUGCCUUCAGUUACUGACAUUCCAAGGGACAUGUCGGAAUACAGUCAACACACCAAUGUCUGCACUCAGGGACAAUUCUGCAGUGUUUUGGAGGGUUGCCGCAAUAAGGACAUGGAUCUCCAAUUCUACGCCUCAGAAGACUGCAAAGGGAGAUGGUCACGAUGGAUUACCUAUUCACAUCCCUGAAAGACCAGAGAGAACUCGGAUAUGCGGCGACAGCUCCCCGAGUGACAUGGAUAGCCUUUGGACUCUUGUCAAGCGAGGCUACUUCGCAAAGGAACAGACCAUGGAUUUGUUGCACAGCGGCGGCGGAAAGGACUCUAUUCUUAGCUUCGACCAGCGCAAGGCCCUUGCCAUCAAGCUCAUUCUCGGGUUGAUGCUGUCCAUGGAUUCUGAUCACGUCUUUGAGUCCUGGGAUUCAAAACACAUUUAUUUCUUGAAGCCUGUGGAUACACAAAACUCGCCAUUUAUUUCCAUCUCCAGAAAGGAAGACCGCUCAAGUCGCUCAACCAGUCUUGCUCUUCCUAGACUGCGUCCUUCUAGCAACGUUGGGGAAUACGAAGACGGCGUGAAACCCCUGCCCCAGUUUGCGCACUUGGCCAAGGUUUUGCUGCAAAUCGGGCUCGGGGACCGUCUCGACAGCGUGAAGAUACCCCAAGUCAAAAGGCUGACCUGCGAACCUGAAGAGGACCUCGAGACAUUGCCCUUCCUGAGAGCUGCUCUGGGCUGCUUGGACUUCCACAUGGAGUACCAACAGCGCGUGAAGGAAGCUCCGUCAAGCCAGACGAUGGAGAUUGCGUGGAAGCUGGUGUUUGAUACCAUUCUGGUCCAGAUUGACAACAACCUAACCAUGGAGAAGUUAGUCAAGCCCAGUGCCGGUACUACGACUACUCAGCCGAGCAAAUCCAGCAUCGUGUCAUUCGAUGCAAAACAGGCCGAUAGGCCCUCGACGGCUGACGCGUUCUGGGAACGUCUCGAGAAAUUCCAUAAGUCAUAUUCACGCUUUGUCGCCGAUCGUAUCACAGAGUCGGGGGUAGAAUCGCCACGGCGUAUUCGUAUAGCAGUUCUUGACACUGGGAUUGACUUCAGACAUCCGGGCAUCAUAAACGCGAAGGAAAAGGGCCGCAUAAAGGAGGAGUGGUGUCACAGCUGGGUUGGCGCUGAUGCAAAGAACGACGACGAUGGAUUACAUGGGACAAACUGCGCCUACCUCGUCCAUGAAGCGGCUCCUGAAGCGGAUAUCUACGUUGGGAAAGUGUUCAAUCAGAACGCCUUGAGGUUUUACGAGGUCGGGAACAUAGCCAAGGCCAUUGAACACGCAGCAAACACAUGGGACGUGGAUAUCAUUGCGAUGCCCUUCGGGCUGAGGCCCCCAGAAGCUCGGGACGAUGGAAACGAGGAUGAGGAACGUCUGGCCUUGCAGAAGCACCACGAAUUCGUUGACGAUAUUGAAGAUGCGAUUCGAGAGGCCGCGAUGAAAUCGCCGCGACUCAUGUUUGCGGCUGCCUCCACCAACGGCAAUAAUGAUCCACGUGCGUUCCCGGCGAGCUAUAAGCCAUGGGUUUUCUGCGUUUAUGCCUCGGAAGGGAACGGUACAGGUGACGGCACCUACCCGGACGCAGGCAGCGGCUUCAACUUCAUGACUCUCGGAAUAGGCUUGGAGGUGAUGGAGAGGGAGUUGAUACCUGAGGGUGGGAGAAAGUUUCCGAGUUACAAGACGGUAGUCAAGUCCGGCACGUCGCUUGCAACGCCCAUUGCUGCCGGCAUUGCCGCCACAGCCCUGGAUCUCGCAGCACGUGUGGAGGCAAUCAAUACCCGAGCGGAGAAGAAGCUCAAAAGGUUUGAAGAGAUGGAAAAGCUGCUAAGAAUCAUGUCAACUCCCAAGAGCAAUGGCAGAGAUCGGCUGUUCUACAUGGCACCGUGGCAUCACUAGGGGGAUGGCUGGGAGAGGAAUGAGUCUGGCAGCCGGUGGGUCUGGGAUACAAUCAACAUCCUGUUUUCUUAGCACAGGAUUCACCUGUUAGACUAGUCUGCGGUAGCGAGAGGGAUUGCAAUAAAGUAUUUGAAUAUUGCUAUGCGCACA